AACGGUUCCCUCUCCGAUAUCGCGGCACUUGCAAAUGCAACUCUUACCAGUCUCUCUCGAGAGCUUGAAUAAAGAGCGCCGAAUAAGGAAAGUGUUCCUAUACAUUAUCAUUGUGCAGUGUCAAAAGAGGUUGAAAGCUAAAUAAAUUUAUAGAUUCUUAUGUUUCUGCUUUAUUUCUAUUGCAUGGCGAUAAUCGCCAUCCUUUAUGCUAUGUUUGACGUAAAUUAUUUUCUAAAAUUUUCUAUCCUUAUUAUUUGGGCAAGAUUAUUUAAAAAAAAAAGGAAGCUGUUAGACACAACUACAUUUUACGGUAUCUGUACUACUAAGGAUAUAGAUAUAGUUUUAAAGCAUAAGAACAAUGCAAGAUACUUGCGUGAUUUGGAUUUCGCACGUUAUUAUUAUUAUGAUAGGACUGGACUUUAUAAGGCAAUCGUUAAAAGGGGUGGCAAUAUUAUUCAAACUGCAUGUAACAUACGAUAUCGUCGAGCAAUUCCUAUUUUUAUGCUAUACAAGAUCACUACAAAGCUUAUUUACUGGGAAGACAAGCACUUUUAUAUGGAGCAGCAAUUCACUGAUCUCAAAAAUAAUUUUAUUUACGCUAUUAUAUUAAAUAGACAAACCAUAACCGGAUCGAAAACACCAAUACAGGAAAUAAUUGCCAACACUGAGCCACAAAUAUGCAUACCAAAACCUACCAAAGAAUUCCAAUUGUGGCUACAAUCUAUAAUAGAAUCAUCUCAAAAUCUGAAAAAACAAAAUUGA